AGGCGAUCAGCAUGGGCUGUGCAUCCACGUAAGUUUCAUCCUCCAUUUCGGAUAUACAGCAAAAGAAUAGUAAUUAAUUCAGCGAAUGCUCAUGUCAUUCUGAGAGGAGCCCGACUGAAAAAUACAGACAACAUCUACGGUAUAGUGCUCUACACUGGGCGACAUACUAAGCUCUUUAAAAGCGGUAUCAGAAGGACCAAGAAAAGGUUAAUGGAGCCCUCCCUUCGAUCUGACGCUAUAGCGCUAGGAUAUGAUCAUUUGCAGUUCACAACUUGCAAGUCUUCUGAACUAUAUUCUCUCAUGUCUAUCUUUCUACAACAUCUGGUGCUAUUUAGCGGCUUUAUACCUAUUUCUUUGUACGUCACCCUAGAACUUGGUUCAAAUAAUACAAGGGACAUUUAUACAUAA